UUGCGCUAUUGCCAAUCGGUUCACACUACGAAUUUAAAUUGGUGAAAAUAAAAUAAAGUUUUAUGCAUUUAUUUAUUAACUGAUUGGAUGAAAUUAGUGGCAACAUUUUCACCAAAGAUCCCGUAACGAUUUGCCCAAUAUUCUGGGUACUUUCGUUUUUUAAUAAGCCGGAGUAAGGCGAGCAAAUUUACAAUGGGCGAUCUACUAAGCAACUCGGACCUCUUCAGGAAGCUUGGCUUAGACAGCUCCAACCAAUGGAUACUUUACGACGAGCAGUUUGAAAGAUUCUUUAAUUUUAUUUCGGAAAACAUAACAGAUGCAAACAUACUGACCGAACAGGAGUUAUUGGAACGUGAUGAAAUGGUACUUAAUGGAAAUUGGCUAGACAAGCCGGAGUGUGAGCUGGCCCUGCGGCGGAUUGAUGCUGAGAAUCCUGGCUUACUAAAACAUAAGCCCCAAAAUGUGACUGCAUUAAGUUCCGAGAUUGCAGUAUUGGAGGAUGCUGCCCAUGAAUAUGCUGUCCUGAUCGAUGAUAUGCAGAAUAGCAAGCGCAUCAUAACGAAUAACUUAAAUAAUCUUGAAUAUGAAAUAACCAAGCUGCAAAACGAAGGACGAGGUCUAAUUGCGAGCAGUCAAACUAGGGCCAAACAAUUGGAGGAUUUGCAGCGGGAGAACUGCAAACUGAGCAUUGAGGCCAAGAAGGGAUUUACAUCCCAGCAAUCGCCACCGGUUUUCAUGCAUCAACAGCCGCUGGAGCAAUAUUUUCUCAAGAACGAUUCAUUUGUGCAGUAUUUCAAUCUCUAUUUGAAAGAGAAUUUCAAAAUCCAAGAUAAUCAAGACUUUCAAAAUAGUCUUGUGGACGAUAUGGAAGUGGCGAAUAGCAAUCUGGAGGUUUUACAAAACUCUCUUGAAUUCUAUACUAUCGCUAUUAUUAAGAAGAAGAUCAAGGCCAGAGCCACUCAGAGCCUAAUCGACCAUUUGGAUUUUGCCCACAUUCAAUGUCUGAGUCUAUCAGAUAUGAUGCGAGAGACACAUGAUCUGCAAUUGCUUAAUAACAUUCAUUUGAAGAACACCUACGACACAUUAUACAAUUCGAUGGCAGGACAUGUCCAUCAGCUAAUGCAGCAACGUAUUGAAUUGGUUCUUCUGGAGAACACAAAACAGAAGCUCGAAAGGGCUAAUCAAAGACGCGAGAAUAACAUACAAUUGACUAAUAUUAUAUCCCAUGCGUUGUCCAAUGCUGAGCUAGCUUGGAUUGCUAUUCAAUUGGAUUUGGAGAAGAGUCGCAAUUGCCUAGACAGCUCAGAGCAGUUUACUCUUCAGGCGCAAGCCAGUUGGAAGCGUGUGCAGGACAUGCGCACUCUGUGGACUAGCCAAGAGCAUGGCAUUUGCUCUCAGUUUCUCCAAGAGAUCAGCUGUCAGUUGGCCAAUCAUUUGGGUCAUCAGCCAAGUUCGAUUCGAAGUGGCGAUGCUAAGAGCUGUCUGUACGAAUAUGAGAAAUUUGGACGCCUCUUAGUAUACGCACUGCAGAGUAUGCUCAAUAAGAAAUCUUAUAUACUGGCACAGGAUCAGAUAAAAGAGCUGAAACGCGUAGAGGAAAUUCUUCGUCCCUUCGUCUAUGAUUCGCCAUUGAAAAAUCAUCCCAUGUUUGAGAACGUGGUUUAUUUGUGUCCCAUUUUUAACAUUCAACAGCAAGAAGAAUAUCUCGAUGGAAAGCUGCGAAAACUGCGCACUCAAUAUAAUGAGGAUAUGAAGAAGGAUACACUUUUGCGAUAUAGCAAUAUCCUGUGGAUUUGGUUUUUAACUGAACCCCAACGCAUGCUUCAUGCCAUUGAUGAGGUGAAGAAAGCAGCAGCAUCUACAGCACCAUCUCUGCAGCGGGCCCGUGGAGGGCUGCAGCGCAAGUGAAAGUUUCGUCUUGUUAAAAUAAAAAAAAAAAACAACGAUAGCUUUAAGAAUAAGAUAACAGAAUGCUUUCUUUAACAAUGAGCAGACGCAUUAAUUGCAGGCAGCACGCGACCUUUUUACAGGCAAUUUAAAUUCAAAUGGACAGAGCAACAAGUGAAUAUGCCCCCGACUCCUUGCGUUGCCAUUGGCCAAAUGACUUCGUGUCCUGUUCGGCCCGGGAGCCUUUUUGGGGGAUAUAAAAGGACCAACUGUCUUGGGGCUCCCGUUCAUUCGUUCGCUGAGUGUUUGGAAUAUGUUUCUACUUUUCGGAUUCGGUUUCUGUUUCAAGUGAUUGCUAAAAAUUCAAAGUUAAAUUUAUUGUGUAGAAAACAAAAGUAAAUAAAACAUUAAAAUUGUUUAAAUUUAAGUUUUAAGAGGGCAAAUUUAAGACAAAUGUUCAGUCUGUUUCUAUGUGUAUGGUAAUAUCUUAAUCAUCUAGUGGAAAAUGUUUUGUUAUCGCGUCAUUACGCUUUUCCCCUUUUGGGUUUUGCCAUUUGAAUUAAUUUGAAAUUGAAAAUUUC